UUACAGAACUGCUGCCAACAGACAUAAGAAUAGGUGAGCAGAGCCAACAGAGCGAUGGAGUCAGGAAAUGCAAUGUAUUGGAUACGGUUGGCGAGGUUGGAAACGACGUACGGCAGCGAUUACGUUUCAUAUUGAGGCGGUGCUACUCUCGGCAGCCGUAAGCCGUAUCGCCAGCUAUUCGUUGUCGCAAACCAAGCUUCCUAUCGUCGUCGUAUUGUAAUUCGUGGACCUAUAAGCGCUUGCCAAUGAUUCAAGAACGGGAUUUACCUUGUAGGGAGCAUCCUUUCGCUGCCUGUUGUUUAUAUUUCCCUGGUCGCCCUGUUUCUGAGUGCUCAUCACGUGGUACAUUGCGAGACUGAAGAUGCAAUUCACAGUAUCGCAACGUUGGUGCGCAUAGCGGAGAUUGUGUUUAUAGUGUUCUUCGGGCUUGAGUUUGUCGCUUUACCAGCCACACGACGAAAGUUGUCGAGCCAAAGAUUCAGGGUCCUGUGCUAAUAGCCGCUUUAAAUCCGCUCACCCACUUCCCGCUCAUGAUCGCUAGGUCCCGCACGCACGCCAACUUGAUCUGUAUUUGUGACUGCAUACCACGUCGUCGCGGAAAAGUCAUAUUUUGAUCGCCUGCCUCGCACGACGAAUGCCUCCUUAUUUCUUGCUCCCUCUUUCAUCAUGGCCUCCGCCGCCAGCUCCUGCUGUUUCCCCCAGACUUAAGCACCUGGCUCAUUUUAUUUCGACCCGCUUGACACAAGAAAACAUCGACAUAAUGCGAACCAUUAGCCCAGUCGCGAAAUAGCCUCUUCCUGACUUCGGCUGCCAUUAUUGGAGGUUUUUGGUCGAAGACCAACCCCUGCAAGCCACUUGUUGCCUGACGAAUCAAUAGACGCCGCCAUGUCUGUACAGCCUGCUUCCGCAGCAGCUGAAAACACAGAAACCACGAGGCUCUCAAGAAAAGGAGAAAGAAUGAGAGAACGCCUUGGCCAGAGACUGGUCGCAAUGAAGAUUGAUUGACGAAUGUCAAGAAUUUUGACACUUUCCAUUGUUUCAUUAUGAACUCCAUCGCAUCUCCUCUUCACCAUGGCCGAACUUGCUGCACUGGGCGUCGCAGCCAGUGUCCUUCAGGUUGUUGAUUAUGGCACCCGCUUCCUCACCACGCUAUACCAAGUCAGACGAUCGAAACAUGACUUUCUCAAUAAUCUUCAAACUCUACACAGCUCAUCAGACAAUCUUCGGGAUGCCCAGCAUGAGCUUCAGAUCAUUUGCCACUCCGGAUCAAACACAGGUGCAGCGAUAUCGUCACUCGCCAAAAAGAGUGAAGCGAUUGCGAAAGAAAUGCUUGACUCACUGAAGCGCAUUGAGGAAAAUAGCCAUGGACGGAAGCGCGACGCGGUGAUCAAAACAUGGCUGAUAAUCUUGAAGGAGGACAAAUUGAAAAGCCUUGAAAGCAGAUUGACAGAGGUCAAGGCCGACCUGACGUUCUACCUGUCCGUCAAUUUGAGGGCUACUGCAAGAGAGACUCUGGAGAACCAGAUGCAGAUGUUGCUGGAGAUGCGCGAUAUGCGAGCAGACAUAAAAGCCAUGGGAGACGCUUCGAGUGCAUCCGAAAUUCAAGCAGGCUUCGGUUCGUUAGCAAUGGAGUAUCUCACUGGCGGUCUACAUGAGCGCCAGAAGCUCAAGUCCGAGUUCACAGAUGCCUUGAUCGCUCGUAUUCACCAUUCUGAGGCCAAGGCGCUAUCAGAUUCAUCAAGCAUCCAAUUAUCACCACAGAGACGACAACAUUUGGAACAGAUCUUCAUCUCAAGGAUCCGAUACGAUACCAUACAAGAGAGAGAACUCACAAUAAAGGAAGCUCACAAGGGAACCUUUCGCUGGAUCUUCAAUGACAAUAACGCUGAGACUUCACCGAUUGGCUUUAAAGAGUGGCUUGUAUCCGACGGUAGCCUCUACUGGAUCACCGGAAAGCCAGGUUCAGGAAAAUCCACGCUGAUGAAGUACCUCCUUCAGCCUGUUGAUGAAUCAAGCAAUGCCAACAGAUGCAACGAAUAUUUACAGCAAUGGGCGGGAGACCGGAAGCUUACGAUUGCCUCCUUUCAUUUCUGGGCUAUUGGAUCAGACAUACAGGCGAGCAAAGAAGGAUUGCUUCGAACCCUGCUUGUUCAGCUUUUUCGCGCGCACCCAGAUGUCAUUCCACUUGUUGCUUCGUCGCGUUGGGAGUCUUUGUGUCUUUUUAAUGAGGACCCCAGGCGCCUGAGCCUGGAUGAAUUGGGCGACAUGUUUCGCCAAGCAAUCAAACACAUCAGCACCCGAGCCAAGCUUGCACUGUUUAUCGAUGGCUUGGAUGAGUUUGAUGGCGAUUGCAACGCUCUUAUAUCCCUGAUACAGAAGUGCAUCGCAUCUCCAAUCAAAGUUUGCGUCUCAAGCCGCCCUUGGACAGAGUUUGAGAACGCUUUCGGAUACUAUCCUAGGCUGAAGAUGGAAGACCUCACCUACGACGAUAUCACGAAGUAUGUCGUUUCUAAAUUCAAAGCGAAUACUCAAUUCGCAAGGUUUCAGAAACUACAUCCUCAAUUUGCUGGUGCUUUGAGCCACUCAAUAGCCGACAAAGCGAGUGGUGUCUUUCUUUGGGUCACCAUUGUUGUCGCGUCGCUCUUGGCUGGGAUGAUGGCCGGCGACCGCGUUGAAGAUCUCAAGAAUCGGCUCAAUCUGCUUCCAUCAGAAAUGGAUGAACUCUAUGGAAGGAUUAUCGACAGUAUUGAUCCUUUGUAUCGCGAACAUGCCGCCCAGCUCUUCAAGCUAGUUUACGCGUGCAACGGGACAACUUCGUUACGUAUACUGUGGUAUGCGGACGAGGUCGAUUUUUUAGAGCGGGCCAUUGACGAAGACCCGAGUGCUGUCCCUUAUGAGGAGGUGAUAGGCCGACUAGAAGAUAUGCGGCGUCGUAUUGUCAGUCGCUGCAGAGGUCUACUUGAAGUUCAUGAGCAAGUGAGAACUAUACGAGAGCAAUGCGAUCCUGCAAAAAUUGAUGGAGGUAAUGUUGUAUAUCUACACAGGACAUUUGAGGACUUUUUGAGAAGGCCUGAUACCCAGCAAAGGCUCAACAGCUGUCUUACCACGCCAUACGAUUCUGGUCUUAGGAUCUCAGCGGCAUAUACAUCCUUGGCAAAGCUCUGGGCGAGGUCAAAUGCACGAAGCAAAUCCGGGACUAGAUAUUUCCAACUGAAUUUGGUCGAAAGCCUUGACCAUGCGGGGGAUGCGUUACCAUCCUCAAGGUGCGAUGUUGUUCGAUUGAUGGAUCAUCUCCGAGAGCAGUGUGCCGGUCUCUGCUGUUACAAGUAUAAAGAAAAGAGGUUCAGGGAACCAAAGGGCACAUGGCAGAGCAAAUUGACCUGGACAGAAUUGAGCAGUUACCGCUCCGACCCCAACCAAGAAUUCCUCUGCCUGGCAGCUGUGUUAUGUGUAGGGGAAUAUAUUGGAGCAAAGGCAGAUCGCCGCGGUCUUGUCGUGAUUGCGAAACGAGACCCAAAGGAACGUUUGAAACUGGGGGCACUUGGGUGGAGACUACAGGGAAAUCCUGAGCUGCUCAAAGUUCCCCUUCUUUCGCUUGUGCGCCUGACAGACACAAGAAGUGCAUCAGUAAUCAAACUUUUACUCGACAAAGGAGCAAAGCCUAAUGAAGUAAUCAAGCAAAUCGGAUUCCGCAGAACGACAGCAUGGGAAGAACUACUCGCCGGCGCUAUUGCGAUUGUUGAGAGAAGCUCUAAGGAAGAAGAUAGCCAGGUGACAGAAUGUGUGCAUCUUAUGUUAGAAAAAGGAGCAAAGGUGACUGUCGGGACAGUGCAGAGGGCGAUAAAAAUAUCUAAGGAGUGUGAGGUACCUCGACAUUUGACAUGGAUGCCCGUCAACCAGCACCAAUAUGCUAGUGUUCGCAGGAAUGCGUCACUGGGCAGUAUAUAUACACAGCUUAAGGUGAUGAAGAAGGAUCGGGAAGCACUUUUCAGGAUAACAUAGCCGAAGUUCUCAAUUGAAGGCAAUUGAAGGGACUGAGGAGUACAGCGAACGAACAACAAAAAACUGCAUUACGAUGCUAUGAACUUGCACGACAUUACGCAAAGGGUAUACUCCAUCCAUUAUCCGUCAGACCCAUCCAAUCCGAACCAAUUCUAUAACACAAACCGACCAUCCAUCAUAUCCAUGACCCUGAAAAACACGCUCAUAAGUAGUAGCUAGACAUACUAAGACAGCUCAUCUUCCUCAUGCUCCCACUUCCUCGUCCCCAACUUCCGCAUCUUCUUUGGACUGCCGUUCCCAUUGACAGGUACCGGGCGUGCCUUUUCACCACUAACACGCAUGCGCUCCAGCUUGCGUCCUAAGUUGGUCAUGCUGUCGCCGCGAGAUGGCUUAGAAGAAGGCGCAAAGUCCUCCCGCUCCUCGAGGGGCUUGCGCUUAGUCGGGCUGCGGGACGCAAGCUCACGCUUAAGAAUACCGUUUUCGCGACGGAGUCGAUCUACUUCCUCUUCGAGAUCUUCGAUAAGAACGUUUUCUUUAUCGCAAUCUUCGUCAGAGGCGAGACCUCGCUCGAGGACUUCGACUUUGCGAUCCCAAUGCUCUUCGGUACGUUCUUGCUCAAUAGCCAUGGAGUUCUUCCAGCGGGCCAUUUCUAGCGCAAGACGCUGCUCAAACUCCAUGGCGCACUCUUCGCGAAUGGCUGCCUCGAGAUCAAGCAUGCGGUCCUCCAUGGUGAGCAGGUGAGCUUCAGCUGCAACGCGUGCUUCAUUUUGACGAUCGACUUCUUCGCGCAAUUGAUCCGCUUCCUCACUAAGCCGUGCGAUCUCCAGCGCUGCAAUCUCCAUGGUCGCGCGUUCAUCCGAGCUCAUUGGUGGAGAGAAGUUUCUAUAAGAUCCUCCACCUGCGGGCAUGAAUGGUCGUGGGUGAGGAUGUGUUGGACUGACGGAGCGGUUUUGAGCCAUUUGCGGUGGUUGGGCGAGGAUGGUUGUUGUAAUUGAGGGAACGCGAGGGACCGUGACUUCGCGAGCAAGGGCGCUGUAUCGAAGGAUUUGAGAUGUGGCGUUGAAGUCGCCGCGAGGGUCAGCGGUGACGAUCAUGACGCCUCUUUGGGGAUUGCGACGAGUAGCUUGGGAGUGAGAGGUUGAGGAGGAGGGGAAUGAGUUUGAGAAGAGGAGUUCGGUGAGUUUGCAUUGUCUGAAGGGAACAAUGUUGGGCUGUUGCAUGUUAGUCGCUGUUCAUCAAACAUCACUUCGAUGACUUACCUUGCUGGAGCUAGCAGCCUCACUCUGUGUCUGGAGACAUUGACCGAGGUACAUCAAACUCUCAUUGAUCUUACCAGCCUCUGCAAGUGUAGCGCCCGCCGUCUUGGCUUCGCGCGCACGCUCACUACCCGCCAGAUCAACAAUGGUAAACUUGUUUCCCUCCCAAGGGCCAGGCCUCCUGCUACGAGUUCGCUUCUUUACUUCAAAGACAAAGAAUCCAUGGCUUCGGCUUGAAACGCUGUUGCUUCCGGUACCGGUGACUCGGCGCUCUUGCAGACCGGUCUCAAUAACGGUCAAUGCCUCGUUGUAACUGGAGCAGAUGACCUUUCGAAGGCCAGCGACAACCUUUCGGUCUGGUGAUAGCUCUGUUGACUUGAAGAGUAAAGGGCGUCGUCGCACUUCUUUUGUGGCUCCGGAUUUGACAGCGGGAGUAAGGAGAUCGUAGAUUCGGUCAUUAUGCACUUCGUACAUUGAGAUUAUAACAACAUAUUCGGCCGAAGGAUCGCAGGAAAUGUCGAUGUUGCUCACGUCGGGGAGCUGAGGAAGAGCCGAGGGGCGUACGGUAAUUCGUCGAGGUGGUGGGGACAUGAGACCAUCGGACUUAACAUCGUCUUUAGUAACAUUCUUGACACGAGUUGAGGUAGUAAGAGACAUGAAAUGUCGAAGACCCCGCUUGGGCGUCUUAGGACAAUUCAACACGCUAGGGGACGCAGGCAGACUUUUGAGAGGUUGUCUACCACGCUCAGAAGAGCGAUCCUAUCGCUCUUUGAGACGUCGCGUUUCCUCUGCCUCGCUAACAAGCCGUACACUUUUCGGACUUGGUGCGCAGUCUGCCGGGAACGCGCCUGGGAGGUUGGUGACCAGCUUGGAGGUGGGAAUGUUGACAUAGGAAGGCUUUGGGAUCUGUCGUACAAGCAUUGGUGUGCCGGCGCGUGAAGGCGCUCGCGAAGCGACUGAGUCGCGAAAGGGAGGGUCGAAGAAGUGGGACGCGGUUGUUAGGGAGGACUCGGCACCGUCGAUGGCUUGAAGGGAGUCUUGGGCUGUGAAGGCGGCGUUGGGAUCGAGAAUGUUUUCGCCGAUUGAGCGGAAGAGGACGUCGAUCGUGAGUUGGGUCAGGCCGCGUUGUGUCUUGCUUCCGAGGAUCGUAUGCGUCUUCGUCUAUUAGCCUUGCUGUUUCAUUGUUGACAUGGUACUCACCUUGCCGGAACCUGUCACUCCCAAGGUAGCGACGACAGCAUCUGUUCCCUCGCCGCCCUCAGGCGCCAACACGCCCUCAACGAAGGAGACGAUCUCUGUGCAGUGGAAGACAUCGAGCUGGGUUGCAUCUUCCUCAAAGACCUGGGUGAACGCGAACUUCUCGAUCGCUCUACGUCGAUCUGUAGGCGGAUUCAGAAUAAUAUGCUU